AUGGGCCGCUACGACUUCCGCCCACUUCGCGUCCGCCAAACCGCAAAGGCCCUCUUCGACGCAAAGCGAAACCCAGAGCUGCCACAAUGGUACGAUGUAAUUGGAAAUAUUCCCCCAAGCGAGACACUCGCGAGGCCAGUGCUACGAGUACCCAAGAUGCGCAAGGCACGCAAGGCCAGCAAACUAUUCAAACCACUGCCCAUCGCAUAUCCCGAGGACAAGCUGCGCUCAGAAUUCUUCGGUGACCACCCAUGGGAACUGGCACGGCCGAGGCUGGUAGUAGAGGACAGCGGAAACGACUCGAAGAAUUACGAUUGGAGUAAGAUUGUGCAGCCGGGCAAGCAAUUAGAUGGUGAAAGCGUUGUCCAGCGCCAAAUGUGGCUAAUGAAGAACGCCUCCCUCUCCAAAGCCUCUGCCUACGACGUUGCCCGCCGCGAAUUCUACAAACACCGUCACCUCUCCGAAAUCCGUUCACGUAUCGCAAAAGAAGAAGCCCUGCACGUCGGUGCCUACUUUGGCAAGGGACCACUGGAGAUUGGUAUGGAGCUCGAGGACCGCCAGUGGGAGAACUGGAAGGCCUGGGCUACCAAGCAGAUUGAAGAUGAGCAGGCUAUGCGCGCACAGAUGUUUAGUGGGCAGCAGGAUGAUGGUGCUGGUACAGAUAUGAGCAGCAACGAGUAUGACCAGGCUAUCGAGGAGUUGCAACCGGUUGCGCCAAACAACCCUCAAGGACAAAGACCGUUGGGCGGUGUCGCGGCUCACGCAUAG